AUGGCUAACAUACCCGUGUGUUGUCAACCAGAUUCAGUAGCUUUUCUGCCCAAUUCAAAAGAUAUUAUAGUUGCUACGUACACACAUAGUGAAGGUGUACGUAGUGGUAGUUUGAUGGUCUUACAUUCACAAAGCUACGCUGUACAACAAUGUAACUAUCAGACCCGUUCACAGUUGAAACUUAAUUGUGGCAUUUUGCACGCCAAACCAUACAUAAUCAAUGGGUCAAACUAUGCAAUAUGUGCUGCAUCUGAUGGAAGCAUUAAAUUUGCCAUGCUAGAUCCAGUGAUAUCAAUAGAAGGAUCCACGGUAGUGGAUUCUAAGGCUCUAGUACUUUCAGUCUGUAAAGAUUCCUAUAGUGGAAAGGUUGUAGGAGGUCUUUCCACCGGCAAAAUUGCCUUGAUAGACCGGGGUAGAGUAGUAAAUUGGUGGACUGGGCAUGAGCUGGAAGUGUGGGCUUGUUACAUGGAUGGAAAACUCAUAUAUACCGGGGCAGAUGAUUCUAGAUUGCGUAUUUGGGACAUUAACACGUUAUCAAACAGCACUAGUAAUCCGAACAAUUACAUUGCUGAAAUUAAAUCAUUUGGUGCCGGUGUAACUUGGAUUUCUACUUCUGAUACUGAAAUAAUCGCAGGGAGUCACGACAAUUGCCUAAGAUGGUUUGACAAACGAGCGUUAAAUUGUGAGGUAAAAAGGUUAAAACUUCCGGGUUCUCCCUGGAAAUUAGUGCUUCGCGACUCAAUUUUUUACGCAGCAGUUUGUCAAGGACUGGUGUAUGCAUUUACGCAAGACAAUAGUUUAGUUGGUACGGUGGCGCAAAUUAAUGAAAAAAUACACUAUGAAUUUGAAAAUUUGCCCCAAACAGAACACAGCCCCCUAAUUUACAGCGUAGAUGUCAAGGAUAAUAUUUUGGUGGCAACUGAUUUCUAUAACAAGAGGUUGAUCGUCAUGGAUGCCACUUUUUAG